AUGGCUGGUCAGAGACGCCGAUUCUUCAAGAGAAAGCAAGCGUGGAGGAAGAGGAAGCAACAUGAACCUCAAACUGCUAAUGAAGACACCGGCGUGGACGACAGUGUGGAUAGCGGUGGAGAAGAGGAAGCUGCUCAGAAGAAAGUCAGAUGGGACGUCAAUGAAUCUACUGAAGAAAAAGAUGAAGAGGAAAGCAGUAGGAAGAAGCAGGAGGAAAGUGACAGUGAUGCGUCUAUAUGCAGGUUUCGAGUUGGCUGCGCGUAUUAUGAUCCUGUAAGGCAGGUAAUGUGUAUCCUGGAAGACUCGGUUGAGGGUUCACAAUGUGACCUCACGAAACUCUUGCUGGAGCAAAUAAGCCCAGAUGUAGUGGUGACAAGUACGAGGGCCGAUGAAAAUUCAAUAGACACCAUCAGAGAGUUUGUCGAUAAUUCUGGCGGUGUUUUUCAAAUAAGACCUGCUAGAGAGUUUAUGCCUGUAAAGGGACGCGACCGUCUUCUUUCUCUCAGCUUCCUUUCAGAGCUUGCUUGCGAUGACAGGCUCGCGUCGUCCUCAGUACAUUCUUCGAGUGAUACGCCGUCAAAUGUGUAUGACUUCAUGCGUCGCCGGCGGGAGAUAACUGGAGACCCGUCAAUGAAGAGGUGGAAUGCUAGCGUCCGUGCUGGAAACUUCGCUUCUCUUGAGGGCUCUCCUUUAUGCUUGUCGGCAAUCGGUGCUCUUCUAGAGCAUCUAGCGAAAGUGCGCGCUAUGGCGGACUUGGAGAACGAAGGCAUCAGUGGACUUGAAAUUCGCGCUAUAGAAUCCAUAUGCCUAGAACAGUUCAUGCAGAUUAAUGCAGACGCAUUAUUGUCCCUACAAGUAUUCGACACUCAAAGCCAUGCAGCUGUUCAUUCGGACAAGACAAAGGAGGGCUUAUCUCUGUUCGGUAUUCUGAACACGACUCGCACCAACCUCGGGCGCCUGUUGCUUCGCCAAUGGCUUCUCCGACCUUCGCUAUCGCUUUCAGUAAUUGCUGCGCGCCAUGACGCCGUAGAAUGCCUUACCAUGCCUGAAAAUAUUGUCACGGCCGAUGCCAUGUGCAGUCAUCUCAAGGGCUUGAGGAACGUACCUAGGACAAUGCGGCUCCUAAAGACCGGGAAAGCUGGUUUAAAUGAAUGGCAAGGAUUAGUCAAGUUCACGUUUCACGCUUCCCUAAUUAAAGAAGCACUUAUGGAGCUCAACCAUAUUGGAGAAAUCGAAAUGCUGAAGAAGAUUAUUGCCAUUUUGGACGUAACUAGCUUCCGGGACGUAGGCAAUGCAAUCCACGAAACUGUUGAUUGGGAAGAAUCCGUACACGCGGGCCGAGUCUGCGUACGUCCUAAUAUCGACGAAGAACUAGAUAAGUGGAAGCACAUUUAUAAUGGCAUCGAUGGAGUCUUGUCUCGAGUGGCAUCUCAAGUCAGCGAGACUGUGCCCCCCGACUAUACCACCUCUUUGAAUGUUGUUUACUUUCCCCAGUUGGGCAAGUAUCUGACCUUGCUAUCGUUGUAUCAUCUAACUGAUUUUGUGGUAGGCUUCUUGAUCUGCAUUCCAAAGAAAGAAGAUCAGUCUCCUGAACAAGGAAUUGACGUCCUGGACGGUUGGAGUUUCCAGUUCUCUUCGGAGACGCAUGUUUAUUUCAAGUCCGAUCAGAUGCAUGAUAUGGACCGUCAUAUCGGAGAUCUGCAUCCUUCGAUAGUCGAUCGAGAGAUCGAAAUAAUGCAGGCCCUUCUCGAUAAAAUCUUACAGUUCGACGACGCGAUUGCUCAAGCAUGUGAUAUUCUCGCCGAACUGGAUUGUCUUCUUUGUUUUGCGGAUGCGGCUCGGCUGUAUUCUUAUCGAAGGCCAACGAUGACUGAUAAGAACGUCUUAUGCAUUUGCCAAGGGAGGCACCCACUUCAGGAGCAAGUGGUUGAUACCUUCGUGCCGAACGAUGUGUACGUAAGAGGUGGGCUAGGAAGCGGUCCGGACCCCGAAGGGAAAGAAAUGCCUGAGGAUGAAGACAUCCCUGCUGAUACGAAAGGUAUUUUACUGCUUACUGGCGCAAAUGCAUGCGGAAAGGUAUAUAGGGUGGCAAGUACACUUUCCUUCUUCUUGGUGUCUGCUGACGUUGCUUUCAGUUUCGUUCCGGCGGAAUCUGCUACCGUAGGAAUUGUGGACAAAAUUUUCACUCGCGUCCAAACUCGUGAAACAGUCUCGAAAAUUCAGUCUGCUUUCAUGACCGACCUAAACCAAGUUUCGCUUGCUCUUCGGAAUUCGACUCCUCGCUCUCUCAUUCUUCUUGACGAAUUUGGCAAAGGAACUGUUUCUAGAGGCCAGUUAAAUAAUCAUGGCGCAGGUCUACUCUGCGGGGUCCUUCACUCAUUACUCUCGCGCGGUCCAGAAUGCCCCAAAGUCCUCAUAGCAACACACUUUCAAGACGUCUUCCACUCCGACUUACUUGAAUCAGAUUUACCUGUUACGUUUCUACACAUGGAAAUUCUCUUACCAGACCGUUCUGAGGAAGACGAAGAUCAGGGCCAGGACAUGGAUGCCAACGCUUACUUGAGGGUACUUCGGGGAGAAACGAUAACGUAUUUGUAUAGGUUCGCACCUGGACUUUCUCUAGAUUCGCACGCGGCACGUUGUGCGCAGAUGUUUGGUCUGCCAUCCGCGAUCGUUCGUCGAGCGCAACGCGUAAGCUCUGUCCUCGCUACGCAUGAUAUCACGCGCCUACUCGACGAAGACAUGGAACCAGAGGAAAUCGACGAUCUGGCACAAGCUGAAAUGAUUUGUCGGCAUUUCAUUGCUUGGGACCUCAGUGUUGCGACUAGCGUUGUCGAGUCCGUCGGAAUAGGCGGAGUGAAGGAAAAGUUGGCUGGAGUUCUCGGUAUUGGCGAAACGGAAAGUGAUCGGAAUGAUACGGAUUGA